AUGUUCAAACUUCUCGUCGCUUUAUCGUUAUUCGUCGCCAUCCAAGGUCAAGUCGGUGGUUUCACCGAUCGUCCAGAUCUUCUUAACGCUUCAGAAACCACUGCCAUGGUUCGUUUAGCUGUUAACAAUAUCAAAGAUAAGCAAAAUCUUCUUGUUUCACCAAUCAACGUUGUCAGUGUCGCUACCCAACUUGUCAACGGAAUCAACUACCGCAUUGUUUUCACAGCUCGUUCUCCUUCGGCUACUGGUUUCCUUACAUGCACAGCUAAAGUCUACCAAAGCUUCGCCGGUGCUCAAUCUGUCUCAUCAGCUACUUGUGCUUAA